AUGUUACUGGAUUACUUUCGUAUUCUCCGUCCAACGGACCUGGCUCCUCUAGUUGGAAUCCUGCUCAGUACUCUCGUGUUAUACCUCGCGUUUCCUAUCACUCGCCGGGCAAAGCUUCCCUUGAUCAACGGCAAAAGACCAGGCGAAAUUUGGGCCACUGAUGCGAUAAAUCGGUUCCUCUCGGAUUCUGAGAGUCUCCUGAAAGAGGGAUUCGAGAAGUCGGAAAAUGGGUUCUAUCUGGGAACAGACAAUGGGACAAUGCUUAUAUUACCGAUGAGAUAUGCGACGUCUAUCCGGGAUACGACCGGCUUGAGUUUCUCCUUGUUUGCCAGAGAUUUAUUCCAUUGGCAUAUCGGCGGGCUGGAAGCCUUUCAACCCAACCAUGUGGUGCAUGAAACGGUCAACAAGAAGCUCACACGUAAACUUGAAAGCUUGGUCGAUCCGUUGUCGGCGGUUACGGCAGCAACCCUUCGAGAGCACUGGGCAGAUUGUUCCGACUGGUCCAAGAUUACCCUUUCCGAUAGCAUCCUUGCAAUCUUCACCAAGGUGUCGUCCCGGGUCUUCCUGGGCGAGGACCUGUACCAAACCCCCGAAUGGAUCCAACUGCUGCAGGAUUACAUGGUCGACUCGUACGUGGCUGUUGGGUCCUUGCGUCGCUGGCCAGUUCCCUUCCGUCCGCUCGUGGCAAACUUUCUGCCUUCGGUGCACAAGGCCAGGAAGCUCAUCCAAGGCGCGCGCGACAUCAUCAACCCCGUGGUCGAGGAGCGGCGAGCCGCCCCGGAGACGACGACUGAGACAUGCGGGCUGGACUGGAUCGACGAAACUGCUUCGGCCCUCGGGGUGCCGUACGACCCUGCCGUGGCGCAGCUGGGUCUGUCCCUGGGCUCGGUCAACACCGGGGCCGACAUGGUGACCCAGCUGCUGUUCGACAUCUGCGGGCAAGAGAAGUUGGUCCGGGACCUGCGCCAGGAGAUCAUCGCCGUGCUGCGGCACGAGGAGGAAGAAACCUCGCGCAAGGCGCUCCUGUACAAGCUAAAGCUCCUCGACAGCGUGAUGAAGGAAAGCCAGCGGCUCAAGCCUUUAGCCUCCGUCAUGGUAACCAGAACGGCGCAGCGUGAAGUCACGCUGCCAGAGGGGAUUGUCCUUCCCAGGGGCUCCUAUGUCGGCAUUUCCAACUAUGAAAUGCGUAGGGCCGGUUCGCCCAUGGGGGCCGAGUUCGAUGGCUAUCGGUAUUAUAACCUGAGAGAGUCCACUGGCGACGAAACAUGGACGCAGUUUGUGUCGACGGGCCCGAAGGUCAUGGGCUUCGGGUACGGACAGUACGCCUGCCCAGGCCGAUUCUUUGCAUCCGAUCAAAUUAAAAUCUUCAUGUGCCAUCUGUUGCUCAAGUUUGAUUUUAAACUGCCUCCGGGUGAAGGCCGGCCGCCCGUCUACACAUCUGGCUUUAGCUUGAUUGCCAACCCAACGGCGCAGAUUCUCAUUCGCAAGCGAGAAGCAGAGGUAGAUCUGGAUGCUAUCCUCGGACUGUGAGAAUCGAUUUUUUU